AUGCCCAUUUAUCUUUCCGAGCAUACAAAACACACCCCAUUCGUUGAUUUUCUCCCACCUGCCAACGUAAUUUCCUGAUAAAUUCUACUGGGUUUUUAGCUUCCAAUAUUCUCCAUGAUGAUCAAGAGUCUUUGGCGAUCAAAAUCCUCCGCAAAAGCAAAGAAGGUAGAGAAGAUCGAGGUUCCAGAAGAUAACAUGAAGCCUGUAAUUGAAUAUGAGAAAGAAAAUGUUGAGAAAAUGAAUGAAAAUGUGAGUUUUAUAUAAUUUUUGUCCGAAAACCCUAGUAUAAUAUCGAAAAAUGGCAGUUUUCUUUUCAUAACAUCCCAUAUAAGAUAUCAUUUAGAUUUUAGAUGGUGUAAAAUUAAUUCUGACCUUAAAAUUGACCAGUCUUUUCACAAAUUUUUGAGAAAUUCAAUUUAAUUUUACAAUUUUCGAGGUGAUCAGAAGAAAAAUCUCGAUUUGGCUAUGUUACAGUACCCCAAUGAUUGUGAUUGCAAUUACAAAAAUGUUUCUUACACUCUAAUUCUCUUUUAUGCCAAAUAUUAACGUUUCGUUACUGCGUUGUCAAAAGUUACAACCUUUUUCCCGUUAGUAGUAGCCAUGUCAUAAAAUCGGUCAUAAUGACGGAUUUUUAUAAAAAUUUUUGUCGUAUUUAUUUAACAUUAUCAUAAGAUAUAAUUUUAGAACGAAACCGCCUCCCAGACCCACUCCAUCUCCGAGGAAUCCACCUCCGAACUUCUGCAGACCAAGUGCAAUAUAACAGAUGAUCUCGAAUGGGUAAGAGAGCCGCCCUCACCGACGUCUAUGGUUCCCAUUGACCGUGUUCGAGCCGAAUAUUAUCCCCUUCUGGCUCCGAUGCACCUUUUCCGGUUCACCUCGAGGACUCCGAUUUAUUUUGAGCGACCGGUCGAUUACUGGAUUAUUUGGUCGGAUCGACAUGAUUGCUGCGGGAUUGUGAAGAAGGAAGAGGAUACAACUGACGGGGUCCCUUUGAUCAUCAGAUUUGGCGGAUUUUGGACCGACAAAGCGGUGAGAUCGAUGUAUUUGGGGUGCACGGUGCGAGUGAGCGCGUAUUACAAGAUGACGGGUUUGGGGAAUUCAAACGAACUGAUGGAAAUUGUUCCCAGGGGCAGUGGAAUUAAGGACAUUGUGUUUGCCGGUAAGUUGGGGAGUUUUUUUGGGUUUGGAAAUUUGAAUAUUCAAAUUUUUAAUUUUUUGAAAUUUGAAUAUGCAAAUUUACGGGUUAAAAAAUUGAGUAUGUAAAUUUCGGGGUAAUGAAAUAAAUAUGCAAAUUAUCCAAAAAAAUAUUUUAAUAUUCAAAUUUUGGAAAUUUGAAUAUGCAAAUUUUCAAAUAAAAAAAAAUUUGAAUAUGCAAAUUUCUGAAUAAAAAGUUUAAUAUGCAAAUUUCCAAAAUCAAAAAAAAAAUGAGUAUGCAAAUUUUCAAAUAAAAAGUUGCAUAUGCAAAUUUAUGAAUAAAAAAAUUUAUGCAAAUUUUCAAACUCAAAAAAAUUUCAAUAUGAAAUUUGUAACUAAAAAUUAUGCAAAUUUCCCAAAAAUAAUUAAUUAUUCAAAUUUCAGGCAUCCCAGUUCCAUCGGCAUUUGCCUGCGAAUGGGCGGUAAUUUCUCGCCCAGCCAUCGUCAGGACCCUCGGCAUCGUACAAGAAGACAUUUCCUACGAAAAAAACCGAGGCUUCCAACUGGCGGCGACCGUCAUGGACUGCGAAUACAACGAAAAAUUUGUCGCUUGUCAGGAGAAAUGGCCAAUCCCGCAGCUGAAGAAGGUCCCUGAGGUCGGAUCGCCAGUCAUCAUCAAUUAUGUUGAGGUGGGAAAUUUAUCUUUUUUUAUAUUUUUCCUUAAUCUUCCAGCACUUGCCAUCAGAUGCCAAGUACAAUAUAAAAAUAUGUUUUAUUUUGAUUUCAGGUUCGUGAGCCUCACAUUUUCUUCGAGUGCAAGGACAAAGUAAUCCCCCUGCCUCCCUACAUGUGCAUGGAGUUCAGAAACAAGGAUGUUCUCUGGGAUAAUUACGUUUUUGGCUGGCUGGAUAUCGGAAUGGAGCCCUCAAGGAAGUUCGAGUAA